AUGUUAGCAGUUGUGAUCUUUGUCCUGGUGCUCCUCACUCCCCUGCAGUUGGAGGCCAAGUUCAAGAGCCUCCACUGUACGAACUACGAUAGAUCCUAUGGCGAAAUACUGCUGUGCAAAAUCAAGGCCAUCAAUCGGUACAGGAACUCGAUAAGUAUCCAAUUCAGGCAGUUGAGAACCGUCAAUAAUGUCCAUAUGCGUUUGGAGCUUUUCAAACGAGCCAACGGCUGGCGACCUUUUCUGUACAAUAUAUCGUUUAAUCUGUGCGAUUUUCUAUCUAAAAGAAACAAUGUGAUUGUGAGCCUCGGAUACGAGUAUCUCAAACCGUACAUCCCAAUCACGAACUACACUUGCCCGUUUAAGAAAAAUCAUUUAAUUAAGUGCACCGACCUGGAGUUUGAUAUCGAAAAGUUCCGUGUUCGAUUUCCUAUAGAAACCGGGGAGUACGCGCUCCAGUUGAGCUUCAUUGUCCAGAGGAAAGUCACGUUGACACUAAAUGGAUCCGCAGAAUACUAUAACUAUCGAGAGCACUGA